GUCCAUAAAGACUCUCUGUGAUAUUAAACCUCCUUCUCUUUCUUCAUUUUCAUUAUUUCUCCUCAAAGACAGACACAAACGUGAGGUCCUCCUCAGGAUGCAGCUCUUCUUCCUCCUCCUCUUCCUCCUGGAUGAGGUCGCCAUGGUUACAGGGGUACCUGGAUGCCAGGACGGCAGAGACAAGGACCACCGAGUGUUGACGAACUGCAAGGGGGCCGGACUGAGCGACAUCCCAGCAGGACUGGAUCCCCUGAUCAGGGUUCUUUUGUUCCCCAACAACCUGUUCUCCAGUCUGUCCUGGUCCUCCUUCACUGUCUUCACAGACCUAUAUGAGAUUGACCUCACAGGAAACAAGGUUCCAGAGGUGACCCCCAGUGGUUCUCCACUCCUGCCCACUCUCAGUGUUCUCCGCCUGGGAUCAAACCGUCUGACGUCCCUCUCUGACCACGCCUUCUCCGCCUGUCCCGCUCUGACUGAGCUCUACCUGGACAACAACACCAUCGUCUCUCUGACUGACCAGACCUUCUCUGGACUGGACAGACUUCAGAUCCUGGACUUGUCAUCAAACCAGAUCAAGGUUCUUCCCCAGCUCAUGCUCCACCCCCUAACAUCCAUAGAGACUCUGUACAUGGAGAACAACAAGAUCAAGCUGAUGCCAGAUGGUUGGUUCAACAAGAAGGAGGAGGUGCCCUAUCUGUUCCUCUCAGCCAAUCCCUGGGACUGCACCUGUUCCAAUCUUUACCUACAAACAUAUAUGGUUGAUUUUGACUUAAAUGUCUACAUUCGGGAUGGCGAAACGAUCAUGUCUGGUGCAUUAGAGGUGGUGUGUAGCUCUCCACCAUGGCACGUGGGUAAACCUGUGAUGAACCUGGAGGAGUCAGAUCUGUGUCCACCAGAGUGGGACGGAAGGGGAGACUUCUUACAGACAACCAUACCUACUGCUGCUCCCACCACUGCUGUUACUCUUCCUCCUCCUCCGACCACUCUUCCUCCUGCUACUACUCCUCCUACUACUCCUGCUGCUACUCUUCCUCCUACUCCUCCUCCUCCUACUCCUGCUGCUACUCUUCCUCCUACUCCUCCUCCUACUACUCCUGCUGCUACUCUUCCUCCUCCUACUCCUCCUCCUACUCCUCCUCCUACUACUUCUGCUGCUACUCUUCCUCCUCCUACUCUUCCUCCUACUACUCCUGCUGCUACUCUUCCUCCUCCUACUCCUCCUCCUACUACUCCUGCUGCUACUCUUCCUCCUACUCCUCCUCCUCCUACUCCUGCUGAGACUUUGCCUGCUGUACUUGUGCCGACAGAAGGACUCUAUACUGUCCACACAAGAGUUUUCACAGAGUUAUUGUAUGAAACCUACACCGGUCUCGUUGAGUGGGUGGAUAAUUCUGAGUCAGUGUUUCUGACUGAUCCCACUCUUUCCACAGUUAGACCCACUACUGAAUCCCCUGAUGUAAAAUCCACAGAGCAGCCAACACCUGCUAGAACAACCAUAGGUUUCCCUUCCAUCCUGACAUCACCGACACCACAGGAUACGACCUGGGCGGUCACGACAGCCACUGCUGCGCCAUCUUCCACCAAUUCAACCCCAUCUCGGCGUAAAGUCAGCACCAUGACAGGUGAACAGGUGUUCUGUUUUUGGCUUUUUGCAGGUUGCCUACUGCUGUGCAUUGCAUUGGCUUGCUGCAUAUUAAUGACAGCCUGGAGGCUGAUUACCUUGUACCAGAGGAUCGGUGUGAUGCAGGCGAGGAGAGGUGGUAGUGAGGGAAUCCGGUUGUUAGUGCACAGCAGGAAGGAGGAAAAGGAAGUCACAGGAGAAGGAGGAGUGAUGGCGUUGCACCGCUCUGUUCUGUAUGUCGACAGAGACGGAGGAGACGCUUCAGAAAGGGAGGGAGCAAAGGAAGGAGAGCAAGGGACUGAACCAGUCCUGGUCACACUAGAGCCAACAGGAGCAGAAGGGGACAGAGGAAGGAUGGAGGACAGAGGAGGGAUGGGGGACAGAGGAGUGUACAGGAAGACCCUGUACCGUCUGAUAAGGAAAGAGGAGGAGAUAGACGGGUGGAGGGAUGUAGCGGAGGAGUGCCGGGUCUCUGCAGAAGAUGGAAGGAGUAGAAAGGGAGGGAAAGAUGGCGAUACGAGCAGAGAGAGGAGCGGAGGAGUUUCCAGAAAGCGCUUCAGUGUGAUUCUAAGGGAGGAGCGGGAGGAGGCGGGGGCAGGGAGGGAGGAGCUGGACUGGGUGGUGGGAGGAUGGGAGGUGAAACAAGGAGGGGAGGAAAGGGAGGAGCCGAGGAGCAGCUGGGGCGAGUGGCUGGCACAUUAUCUACCCACAAUGCCUUGGGGAGUGACCAUGCCUCCUGAUGGUGAGGUCGCUCAGUGAGGUCAUGGCCUUUCACACUGCACUUACUAAAUAUGGCGUCACGUUUGAUAUGAAGGCAGUGAUUUGAGUGCAGAAUUAUACAUGCUGGUACUUCAGUUAACCCUUCAGAGAUCCCAGGGACUUUUGUGCCAUUCAGUUUUGUUAAGCCAUUUUGGCUGUGUUGAAUGAAUAUAGCUCAAUUUUGCCAGAGGAUAUUCAUUUUUUUAAAUAUUUUUAGAAUUGUCAUCUCAGUUCAAUAAAUUAGUCUAAAAUGGCUAAGCUACAAAAAAACCCCGACACAUUUGUUCUUAAGGACCAAAAAUGUCCCGUUGAAAACCACUGAAAAUGACAUUUUUGAUCCUACAUUUAUCAUAGCAUAAACUAAUGCAUUCCUUUAUAUUAAGGUUUCAUUUUGGACUACUAGCUUUCAGUUUUUAUUAUUUUUUAUAUUUGUCCACCAGAUGGCACUACUUUAUGAAGUGUCCUCCAGCGUGGAGGGCAAAAAAUCCCCAACAACCUCUUAUGCAGUGUUUUUUUUUUUAUUAUUGUUUUAUGUGUAGGGCCACGUAUUGCUCACAUUUUUGGCUCCCUAGAGGGCAGAAAUGUGAAUUUUCUUUUUUCAAAUUAAAAAGUUAACAUUUUAUGACACAUGUGAACAGAGGCCUGACUAUUGAGUAUGGAUCAUCUUCUGAUAGUCCUGUUUAUUCUUCUAUAUUUUUAAAGAUAACAGACACAAUUGACAGUAAAGUUAGUGAAACUGAUCCACUUAAAUGCUUAAAAAUGGAACACUUCACAUGUUACACACAAAUACUUUCAACUAAAAUCACCAAAUAAAGAAGCUUGAUGAAUUAACAUCUGUAUUUCUUUAUUUGUCUGUGGUGUCAAACUCUCCAUGGUCAGUUUAUCAUCCUCCAAACAUUUCUCUGUUGAGCUUAUUUAAUGUCUAAAAGGCCACAAAGUCUGGAUCAGACUGUUAAAUCUCUCCUUAAUAUAAACACUGCAGGAGUCAUGUGAAACCACACGGAUGCUCUCUUAUACAUCUCAAACUGUAGCCUUCAAUGCUUUAUUUACCCAUACCUUAAAGUCCUAGUUAUACCCUUCAGUCUAUGAGAAACCACACGGAUGCUCUCCUAUACAUCUGAAACUGUAGCCUUCUAUGCUUUAUUUACCCACACCUUAAAGUCGGAGUUAUACCCUUCAGUCCACGAGAAACCAAACGGAUGCUUUCUUAUACAUCUCAAACUGUAGCGUUCAAUGCUUUAUUUACCCGUACCUUAAAGUCCUAGUUAUACCCUUCAGUCCAAGAGAAACCACACGGAUGCUUUCUUAUACAUCUGAAACUUUAGCCUUCAAUGCUUUAUUUACUCACACAUUAAAGUCAUAGUUAUAAAUUCAUUUCAUUUUGUACUGUCUGAUAUAUCCUGAUCUAUGGGAAACAUUGUUUAGAAGAGUUCAGGAUCCUGGUCAUGAUUUAAUCUAUAUGGAUGAUAGUACUUGAAAGAUAUAUACUCUUGAGAAUGUCUUUGCUUCAUCUGACUAUCUCUUUAAAGACCAGAUUAGUCUUUUUAAAGUCGUAGUUCUACCCUUUAGUCCAUGUGAAACCAGACGGAUGCUCUCUUAUACAUCUCCAGCUUAAGGCUUCAGAGCUUUUUUUGGUGCUGACAUUAUGUUUAAACCAAUGAUUACGUUACAAAGAGGUGGUGAUGCUGAGGAAAGUCCUCAAAUAAAAAUGCACCAAACUCAUAAAUCCCCAAAUGCCAUUUUUUUUUUAUUGUCUUUUGAAUUCUUCCAACAGAGAAAAAAUAAAGUCAGAGAAAAUCAUCGAUGAUUACUGAGAACAAUUUCAGCAGAUUUCUGACAAAGUGUGGCUCUCGUUCAAGGGGUCAUUAAAUCUCUGAUUCACAGAUUUGGUCAUAAUAUCAGAUUUUAGAUUAAUUUUCUAUACUCCAUUUUCCUCAGAUUGAACACCCUGUUACAGAAACUGAUACCUACAGACCAGGCAGCCUCAGCUGCUAGAUUCAGGACUGCUUUAGUUUACAUUAUAGAUCCCUGUAGCCCUGUCUGUAGCUCUGUGGAGUCUCCACUGUGGUCCUCAUUACUGCUAACAGCAGCUGUGUGGUCUCACAGUGGUCUAACGGUUCUAACAUUAAAAACCAGUGAAGACUGUCCUUAUGGCUUUUUAAAAACAGGUUCAGAUCUCUGAAUUGUCUCUUUUCUUUUGCUACUGCUCCAAUCAUUGCUGAUCAUUAAUAACCCACCACCAAACCUGAUUACUGAUAUAAAGAGAGGAAAUCAACUAUGGAGAAGUUUCCUGACUUAAGUUCCUUUUCUACGGAAAAAAGUCAGAGGUUUUAUGGUUCCAGUGAGAACCAAAGGGAUCCAAACAAAGCAGAGGAUUUCAUCCCACUUUCUGGAUCAGGACCAAGCCAAAGUUAGGAUUCAUAUGGUCAGUCAGGAGCCUGUAGGUCAGACGGAGUGUCCGUGUUAAGAACCUGAAAGACAAUGAGAGUGAUUAGGUUUGACUUCAAACCAGCAUCUGGAACGGCAAAAAAACUCUUUUUAAACUGGUUAUUAAAAAAAAAUUAAAGGAAAAGAAAAAUAAUCCUCACUUCUGAGAGGGAUUUUCAAAAUAAAAGUGAUGUAAAAGAAAACUUAAUACAUUAGAUUACAAAGCCAGAAAGGAUUAGGAAUAAGUAUGACAGGGACGGGGCAACAAAAUGAUGUUUAAUGGAGUGGCCCUUAAAACAGUCAUGAUUCUGUACUGAAAUCACUGCAUGGGCUUAGGAACAUUGUAGAAAUCAUCUGUCAAAACAGUUGGCCGUGCCAUCCACAAAAUGACAGUUACAGCUGGAUGAUGGAGAGAAGACGGCAUAUGUGAACAGGAUCCAGAAACACCACCGUCUUCUCUGGACCAAAGCUCAUUUAACAUGGACUGAGGAAACAUGGAAAACUGUUCUGUGGUCAGAGGAAACAUGGAAAACUGUUCUGUGGUCAG